AUGCUAGCUGUGUUCGUCGGCUUCGCUCUUCUAGUGUUCUGGAUCAUCGCAUCAAUCUAUCAAAGCAACGAUUCGGGCUUAAAAGGCAUCCCCAAUGCCCAUUGCUCUGUUCCAUAUUCACGCCUGUGGUUGCUGUCUAUCCGAUGGCGAAAAUUGGAAAACCGUAGCCGAAUUCAUCUCCAUCGUCGUCUCGGUCCAAUCGUUCGACUUGGACCCCGUGAUGUGAGUAUAAACUGCAUCGAUGAGGGAGUUCGCACAAUUUACAGUGCAAAGUUCGAUAAAGACUACAUGACUGGCUUUAUGGUCACGAUGAUAGGUAACGACGAGCACAGAAGGCGUAGACGAAUGCUUGCACAUCCCUAUUCCAAUUCGUACAUUCUCAACUCUCAGACCCUCGACAGUACCAUCUCUUGCGUAUCAAGUCGCCUCAGAGAAAGAAUGGCAAUGUGGGCAAGCACCGGUACUGCUAUCGAUGUCUACCAGCAGGCUAAAUGCUGA